ACGUAGAUUCCAUCUUGCUGUGAUUAAUUUAUGGUAAGAACAUCAGUUACACACUCAGCAGAACCUCCUGUGCCUCUUUUUUUAUUGCUCAGGUGUUGAGGCAAUUUCCGAGAGCUGCGAUUUUUGCCCCCUACCUAGUUCAAACAAAGUCAUGGAAGGUCAAGUACGGAUAAAUUAAGUUAUUUUCAUCUCCAUCCGAGUCUUUGGCAGCGCUGAUUUUUCAAACAUGUUUUAUUUAUUCAAGCUACUUAGCACACCCCAUUAGCAGACUGACAAUCGUCAAAAACAACAUGGCCGUCCAAAUAGUGUUGAUUUCUGGCUGCUCUAGUGGCAUUGGACUCGCUACAGCUGUGUUUCUCGCCAAAGAUGCCGAGAAACGCUUCAAGGUUUAUGCCACCAUGAGAAAUCUGACGAAGAAAGGACAAUUGGAGGAGGAAGGAAAGGAAUCUCUUGGAGACACUCUGGUCAUUAAACAGAUGGAUGUGUGUAGUGACGAGUCAGUAGAGAAAGCUGUAAAGGAAGUGUUGGACAUAGAGGGAAGGAUUGAUGUAUUGUUUAACAAUGCAGGAAUCGGCUUAAUGACUGCGCUUGAAUGUGUUCCUAUUCAAAUGGCUAAGGAACUGUUUGAAGUGAAUUACUUUGGAGCAUUAAGGUUAAUCAAGGCCGUGCUACAAAGCAUGAAAGCGAGGCAGAGUGGGCUGAUCAUCAACAACAGCAGUCAUUUUGGCAUCGUAGGAGUUCCUUUUGUGGAAAUUUACUGCUCAUCCAAGUUUGCAAUUGAGGGUCUGACGGAAAGCAUAGCUCCCAUUCUGCGACAGUUCAACAUCAGAUGCUGCCUGUUGGAGCCAGGCCCCGUGCAGACUAGUAUUGUACCCAAAGCAAACGAAUGGUGCGAAGCUGGGGCGGACUUGACGACCUUAGAUCCAAAGACAAAGGAUAUAAUGGCAACUGUAUUCUCCAACGUACAAAGUACCUUCAGCGCCGCUAUGCAGAGUUGUGAAGAAGUUGCGCAAAUUGUGCUUGAAAUAAUCUUAGGAGAAAAGACAAAUUUGCGACAUCAAACCAACGACAAAUUUGGACCUGGUGAAAUCCCUGCCAAAUUAGCUGAUCGCACAGGAAAUACAUCAGUUGAUAUUAUAUCAAAGCACUAUUUGGGAAAAUGAAAUAUCUGUUUUAAACAGAAAUGGUUCUUAAUAAUAGAGCUCUUUAUAGUAGCUGGCGUAUAAAAAUCAGCAGUUAAUAUUAUGUAUGACUUAAGAUAAAUCAAUGUUACUCUUUCAUAAAG